UGUGUGCUGCGAGUAAGUUGUGUUGCUGCUCAUUCGUGAUAGGAUGUGUAUCUGGUAUUCUUGCAGUUCGAAUGCGUGGAAUUGGUUUUGAUGUGGUUUUAUUUUUUGUUUUCAUGGUGUGUGUUUGUGUUAGAUCUGGACCAUCAGAUUUGAAAAGGGGAGCUUUUGUGCUGGGAAAUCGUGUGGGUCACGAUGUUGUCAUGGAUGGCCCCACAGAUGAAAGUCACAGAUUGGAGGAACGCCAUAUUGAGUUCGGAAGAUGAGAGUGCAGAAUGUUGUGCCACUCUGGACGUGGUACCUCAUGUCAGUGAUGAAAAUGUUCCAAUGGAAAAUCCAGUUGAAAAUCCCCCUGUCGAGGCCAUGGAUGACGGCAUCCCCCCGAUAGAAAAUCCGACCGGUGAGCCUGUGGACAAUGACGAUGUCGCGGCGGAAAAUGCUGCCGCUGGGGAACCAAAUGAACCUGCUGUGGGUAUGGAAUUUGCUUCGGAAGAGGAUGCGAAGACUUUUUACAAGGAAUACGCCAAGCGUGAAGGGUUUGUUGUCCGUACUAGCAGUUUCUAUUGUUCAAAGUUGAGUGGAGAGAAGAUUUCUCGGGAAUUAGUGUGUUCUAAACAAGGGCAUCGUAAGAGCAGCGAGACAAGAAUCGGUGGCGAUGCACCUAGCGGCAAAAGGAAGCGAAAGCGAAUGACCAAAAGGACAGGCUGCAAGGCAAUGGUUACGUUGAGGAAACAAGAGAAGACUGGAAAAUGGCUUGUAGUUAGAUUUCACAAGGAACACAAUCAUCCCUUGGGUCCAAAUGAACCAAAGAAAGCUCGACCUGAUAAGAUUGUACCUGAUCCUGCUAAGAAAGCUAAAUCGAAUAGAGCGAAAAGAGCACGUAAAGCGGCGUCUGCCCCCAAAGAAGCUCCUGGUGGGCCCAGCAAUGCCGGUUCAGGUGACAUCAUUGCUAUGAACUAUGUAACAAAGACACGGCGGUGGAACUUUGGAAGGGAUGCUCAAAGUGCAUUGGAGUACUUCAAGCAAAGGCAAGAUGAGGAUCCUGACUUCUUUUAUGCGACGGAAGUUGACGAUAAGAAGUGUUUGACAAAAGUUUUCUGGGUUGAUGGACGGUCAAGGAUGGCAUAUGAAUAUUUUGGGGACGUGGUUACCUUUGACACCCGAUACAGGACAAAUCGGUUUCAAGUGCCAUUUGCUCCAUUCAUGGGAGUGAACCAUCAUAUGCAACCUGUUACAUUUGGUUGUGCAUUAUUGGUAGACGAAUCCACUUCAACGCUUGUAUGGUUGUUUAAGACAUGGCUAACUGCUAUGAAUGGGCGGCAGCCGAUCUCUAUAAUCACUGACCGUGACAAGACAAUUAGAGCAGCAGUUGUACAGGUAUUCCCCGAAGUCGAUCAUCGUUUUUGCCUGCGGCACAUCAACAGGAAGCGAAAUGCAAAAUUACCACAUGCAGUUACCUCACAUCCGUAUUUUGAUGAGGAAUUUCAAAGAUGCAUCCAUGCUGGGACGAUAGAAGAGUUUGAGUCAAGUUGGGAUGCUCUUGUCGAGAAGUACAUGCUUCGAGAGAAUGAAUGGAUAAAAUCAUUGUACGAAGAUCGUCAACAAUGGGUCCCGGUCUACCUACAGGACAAGUUCUUUCCAGAUGUGUCUACAGCCCAACAAAGUGAAAGCGCAACUGCAUUUUUCGAUCGGCAUAUGAAUGCAAAUACUACUUUGAAAGAUUUUAUUACACGGCAUGAGGAAGAACUUAAUGAUUCUUAUGAAAGGGAAGCACAUGAAGAUUACUUGCCAGUCGACACCUCACCUACUUUCCGCACACGGUCAACUAUGGAAAAACAAGCUGCAAACAUUUAUACCAGGAAGGUGUUUGAAGUGUUUCAAGAGGAAUUGCUUGAAGAAUGCAAUUAUUCUGUAAAUAAAUUUUAUGAUGGGGGAGCAACCAACACAUUUAGAGUAGCAAGAUUUCACCAAGAGCUUCGGGCAUUCUCUGUUACUUUUAAUGUUUCUGAGAUGAGAGCGAAUUGUAGCUGCAAGAAAUUUGAGACUUUGGGUAUUCUAUGUAGGCAUGUAUUAGCAGUGUUCAGAGUAGCAAAUGUUUUCACGAUUCCUUCUCAUUAUAUUUUGAAGCGGUGGACAAAAAAUGCCAAGAGUGGCAGUGGAUCAGACCAACGUGGCACGGAAGUGCAAGCUACUGUUCACGAAGUCAUGAUGUUGCGAUACAACAUUUUGUGUCGUGAAAUCUUCAAAUGUGCAGAGGAUGGGACACUGUCUAUCGAUGUUUUCAAUGCGGCAAUGAAUGCUAUACAAGAUACUGUGAAAAAAACUGUUUCAGCGAAACAAACUGCUACAAGAGUCGAGAGGGUGGGCACUACAGCCAAUGGAAGUAUUUCCUUGGACAUUAUGAGCGGAGGUGGUGAAGCUGUUGCUGCAACAAACCAACUGCGUGAUCCUGAACCUUCUAAAACAAGAUCUCCAGUGCCCAGAUUGCGAUCUGCAGGGGACAAGUCAGGUAGGACAUCGACGUGCAGUCUCUGCAAAGGACCAAAGCACAACAUCCGUUCAUGCCCGCUAGCGAAGUCACAACCAGAUCAAGAGAAUGCUGCUAUCUCCAGCCAGUGGACCAUGCAAAACACCAUUCCGCACUGAUUGUCCCCAAGGGAACGCACCCUAACUGCAACCUUCAGAUUGGGUUUUUCUGCCUUUUUCGUUGCAGUUUCAAGAAGGGGGAAAAAAUCUGCUUGUUUUAAGAUUACUCUUAGUGAAGUUUAUUAGUGACACAAUGGCAUAAUUAUCUUUGCUUCCUAAAUUUAUGCCAAUUUUAUGCUCUAUGAUAUAGAUUUUCAGUUUGUACAAGGAGGGCCAAUUGGGUGAUGUCUUUUCUUUCUUAGCCAUCCAUUUUUCAUUACAUAUUGAAGGGCUAGGAUUUCCAAUGUAAACAAUUAUCGGAAGCGGUCUUUAAAGGUAGAAAGUUCAAGAGAACGGAUUGGGUGUCUCCGGAUGCAUGGAUUUUUCAUGCCUCCACAUCUGCAACCAUCUGUUUGAAUUUGCAUGGGUGAAAUGAGGACAUUGGAUGGAGGAGCCACUUGGGCUGUCUCUUAGCCGAACUAGACCUACUCCAUCCAAUGGUUGAAAAUUCACCUGCAGAAGUGAACUGAAGGUUUUAGAUGCGGAGGCAUGAAAAAUUCCUGCCUCUAGAGGCACUGAAUCACUGAUACACGAAUUAUUCAAAUUCUUAAUCACCUGCAAGAGGCCAACCCCAAUUAAUUUGGAUUAGGCUUUACAUGAUGAUGACAAUGGAUCACCUGUGAGAACUACUAUCGCGUCAUUUAUAUUCUCUAAAAAAGAAAAGAAAAAAAUCAUGACAUUCUUGCAUACACGAGCACUGCACAACCUUGAUUGUUGAUCUUACCCUAU